GAGAAUUGCUGCCUUCGACACAGAAAGUUUCCGUGUUAAGGACUUGUCUCUUCCGAGAUUUCUUUGUGUCUUUAAAGGAUCAAGAUUGAGUCUGGGCACACAGUGUGUGCUAAGAAAAGAAUAAUUUAUUGACUUGAAGCCUCGUAGGUCGUGAAUCACUUAGAGGCACUGAGUUUAGGCCUCAGUGAAUACUUGCUGCCGGUUGGUCCAGUUCUCAGGGAACAGCCAUGGGCCCAAAGAAAAAUUCCAAGCUUCAAGAAAGUGGAGGAUCAAAGACCUCUAUUAAAUUUGAAAAACAACUAGGUCCAGAUGAUGAAGAGAUGUAUGACACGACUGCACAGUCGAAAUUUGUCCUAAAGAACCUCAGACACUACACAAUCCAUCCAAAUAUGGCCCAAUACUAUGAGCCUUUGAAGCCCAGUAAACUGCAGAGAUUCCUGACUCAAAGGAAGAAGACCAAUAGUUUCAUGGUAAAGGUGACAGAGUAUGAUCAGGACAUGACGUUACUGCUCAUGACCAACAACCCGCCACCCUACUCCAUCGGCCAGCAGGAAAAUAAUGGUGCUCCCAUAUACUUCCCCCCAGAGUUCCAGUUAAAGGAAACCGUCUAUCGCCGCGAACCCAACAAAAAUGACUUCCUUCCCACAAUGUCUCAGAGAAAGAAGUUAAAACCAGUUCUGAAGCCAAUCUUCCCUAUGAAACGGAUAGGUGACCCUAACUUCAAGGGACAACAAUGGUUUAGGUUUUCUACUGAUAAGGAUUUCAAGAUUGAAGGGAGGUAUUCUGAAGUCCACGCUUUAAGGAAACAGAAAAAAAUGUAUCCUAAUCUCAUCUUUGCCCCAGCCUACCAGAGAGAGACAAGGAAACAAGUUUCCAUGAAGUCGGCGGAUGAAACACCAACUUCGGAAGUGCUUUGGGAACCAUUGACAUUUUCAAAGCUCCUAGAAGAGAAGCCUACAAGAAGUGUGCCAGGGGAGAGCUGCUUUCGCUAUGGAAGGGCCCAACAGUGGGUGGUCAAAAAUGCGGCUGUCAUUAAGUGAAGACAAAUCCUCUCUGCGCUCUCCAAGAACUGAGGGGGCCUGGAGAAGUCACCAACCAAAUAAAGUUCCAUGUUUGUAGCCUCAGA